AAAUUUUAGUCGCUGCGCUCAAGUUGCCGCCGCUGGAUCGCUACUUUCCAAACACGCUGCCGAAUGUGAAUAGCAAGAAAAUUAACGAAAUUUUUGUAAAAAAAAAUUCAAAGCUUGCAAAAAUAUAAAAAAAGAGCUCACAAAAAAAAGUUAUUGGAGUUGUAGACCCAAGAGGAGGAAGAUAGAGAGAGAGAGAAGAAAAGAAAAGAAAAGAAAAAGGGAGAAUGUGCUAGAAAAAAUUUUGGACAGUCGCCAAAUAAGCCAAAAGGCAUACAUACAAACAUACGUUUGGUAUGCGAAAUAGUGAAAAAGUGACUGACGAAUGCAUGAAAGUACCAGAAAAACUGGAGGAAUAGUAAUAUCUGCAAUAAAAACUAAAUAAACUGCAAGUUAAAGGUGAGACAACAAGAAAUUGUCUCUAGCGUUGAGUUGAAGCAAUAGAUGCAGCUUAAAAAGCGAUAAAAGAUAAAAAUGGAUUGAAAAAAAACUUAAUUUUUGAAGCGCUUAUCGAUGAAAGUAGAUAAAAUUUAUGUUGCUCAUAAUAAUAAUCGACAAGUGAAAUUGGAAGUGCGAGAAUUGCGCUUAGCCCAGUAUUAGUGCUACAAAUAGGUACGCGCCUGCGUAUGAGUAUUCUCCUGGCUGCUGACGGGACUCGGGAGCGUAUGAGUGUUAUGACUAGAAUCUAAGAGUGUUGAAGUUGAAGCAUUUGGCCGUGAGAUAAGAGAUAUUAAAAUCCAAACAAACAACUGUAGAAACUAAAAUGAAUAACUAGUUGCAGAAAACGAAAAACAAAUUUAGACCUGAAAUGCAAAUUUGAGAAAUAUUUCGGAGAUAUUAACUUGCAAACAUUUUGUUUGAAGUUUUUCGCCGGCCGAGGCGCAAAUUGUGUGAAUUUUCAACAACCGGCUUCUAAAGUAUUCCACCCUUAAAAUGGGUCACAGUGCUACCGACACAACCGCAACAAGCCCGGCAACAACUAUGGCUGUGGCAACUAUAGCGCCUGUUGCGGCGAAAAGCAUCCAUGCAAGUGAAAAUGUGCAAAAUAAGCCAUCGCUAAGUUGGCGCAAAAAACUGCAGAAGGUCAUCAACAAUAUCACCGUUGAGCCAAUACUGGCCGCGUACAUUAUGCCCAGCGUGCUGUCGGGCCUGGCUACACAGAAUCUGAAUUUGGAAAAGGCAUGCCGUGUGAAUAUGGACUAUGGCGAGGUGGUGUGCGAUGCGCUCACCCGAAGAGAUACCGCAAAUUACACGCUCGAAGAGGAGACCGUACAACAGAUGGUCGCACGCAUGGCUGCUUGGAAAACUGUGAUACAGUCGAUGUUCCCCUGUUUGCUGAUUCUCUUUUGGGGCUCGUGGAGCGAUCGUCAUCAUCGGCGAAAACCUUGCAUUCUCAUACCGAUCAUUGGCGAAUUUCUAGGCACUGUAGGACUAAUACUCUGUGUCUAUUUUGAACGCACACCCAUGGAGGUGGCUGCCUUAACGGAAGCUAUAUUCCCGUCGUUGAGUGGUGGCUGGUUUACAAUGCUUAUGGGUGUCUUCAGUUAUAUAGCAGACAUCACCACCGAAGAGGAGCGUACAUUACGUAUUGGCAUAUUAAAUGUAUGCUUUUCGGUGGGCGUGCCCAUCGGCAUGGCGUUUAGCGGCGUGCUUUUGAAGAAAAUUGGUUUCUAUGGCGUCUUCUCAAUAUCGGCGAGUCUUUAUCUGUUCUCUUUCGUCUAUGGCCUAUUCUUUUUGAGUGAACCACGCGCUAAGCCGGAAAAGACGGUACCCAAAUCGGAGCGCAAGAGCUUAUUGGCGGACUUCUUCGACAAGGAUCAUGUGGUGGAGACCUUCCGUGUGGCAUUUAAGAAAGGCGAAAAUCAACGACGUCAGCGUGUCAUAAUGCUGAUGGUCGUCGUAAUGGUUGUGAUUGGACCAAUGCAUGGUGAAAUGGCUGUCACAUAUCUCUUUACGCGCUAUCGCUUCAACUGGAGUGAGGUGGAAUUCAGCGUAUUUUCAACCUACGCAAUGGUCACGGGUUUAGUUGGCGUACUCUUCUGCGUUGGUAUUCUGUCGCACAAGUUGAAGAUCGAUGAUGCGCUUGUCGGUGUCAUCUCGAGCAUGUCAAAAAUCCUCUCAGGCUUUGUAUAUGCCUUUGCGACCGUGCCUUGGCACAUGUAUGUCGGUGCUAUUGUGGAGAUAUUCAACGGUACUGCUUUCAUAGCGAUGCGCUCGAUCGCCACCAAGCUGGUGUGCAAGGACGAGCUGGGCAAAGUGAACUCGCUUUUCGGUGUCGCUGAAGCGCUAAUGCCCAUGGUGUUUGCGCCCAUGUACACGACCCUAUAUGCGGCUACACUAAAAGUUUUGCCUGGCGCCUUCUACCUGUUGGGAGGAGCGCUCACUGCGCCUGCGGUGCUCAUAUUCUUUUGGAUGUACAGCUUCCAGUGCAAACAGCGGCGCAAACAAAUUGCGCAAGCCACUGACCAUGAAGCCGGUAUUGGCGGCGUUACCAAGGCGGAUUGCAACUCCGCUAAGGACGCGAAUGGAAAUAUCAAUGCGAUUGAGGUGAUAGCGUUGGCGAACGAGGCGAAGGGACAACUGAAUGGCAUUGUAACGAAUGUGAUACAUGAAAAUCUGGAGCAAGCCGAACAUGCGGCUGAAUGUGUGCAACGGGAUACAGAGGCGCGUGCGGCCGCUUAUGCGCAAGCGCAUUUGGAAACGAGUGGCAACGACAAUAAGGCAUUUGAGGGUGAUGAAGGUGAGCUACGUCAAAGGCAACAAACAAAAAUGUAAUCCAUCUGUUUUUCUUAUUGCAUCGAAUGUUGUUAUGCAACAUCCAGAAAGUUGAGGGAGCAUAUGCGAUGUGCUUCGGUAGUGCGUGAUGUAUUAUUUUUUAGUAUAUGCAGGUUUGUAAAGUUAUUAUUAUGUAAUUGUAAAAAAAUUUAAUAUAUAUUUUUUAUUAGUUUUAAGUAAUUUAAGCUGAACACUGUGUAUUCUACUAUUGUAAUAAAUGAUAUUAAGAUUUUUUUCUUUAAAAAAGU